AUGAUUAUGGGAAAUGAAUUUCUUAUUUGGCAAAAGAAAAGAAGCACGCUUAUAGUCGACCUCAGUGAAAACGGGUUUCAGUCUAUUUCAAAGCCUAAGAAGGAUAGUGAAGCUAAGAAAGUAGCUAACAAGGCUCGAAAGACUGGCGAAGAUCCAAUUGAAGCAUUUGAGGUUUUCUCUAGUGGACUUUGA